AUGGCAUCGUCCUCUGCCAACAUUAAUCGUCGCAAUCACCGCGACGAAGAGGAAGAAAUCACCCCUCUCAACCCUCCCCAAGAUAUCCCCCUAGGUUCAAUCCACCACCACCACAACAACAACAACAACAACAACAGCCAACAAUUCUACCAAACAAACACAUCCCCUCAACAAACCGGUGACUCCGCCUACACUUACGACUCCGGCUUCCAAAAACCUUCCUCCUCAUACCAAGGCAACGGCAACGGCACCGGGGGAAAAACCUCCCAACAACAACAUCAUCAUCAUCUUAAUAACCCCAACUUUGACUCCCCAGAACACCUUCGUGCCUCAUUAUACCCUCCUAAUGCCUCCGGAUCAGGGUUCUACUCCAACUUAUUCACCUCCAACCAAUCGUUGGCCGAAGAAGAAUUCCUCAAUUUACCAGUCAGCGGCGACUAUUACCCAACAAACACCUGGAACGACGACUACGACCAACGUUCAAUGGUCCAAAGAUCAUCCACCGACUUGCUCAACCCAUUUGAAGGCCAACAAACCGGGGGGUCCGCCUUAACAGCAAUCCCCACCGGCAACACCCCGAUCUUCCAAAAUGAUGAUCAUGAUAUUAAUAAUAUCGAUGGCGAUGAAGAAGAACUCGAUGAAAAUGGCCAACCCGCAAGAACUAAAAAAAGAUUGGCUGAUUUCUUGGGGAAUUUGGUGUUUGAUUGCCCCGUCUCCAACGAUUUAUUGAAACAGUACAAGACCAAACACGAAGAACGUGAGUUUUGUUAUAUGCGUUACACCGCCGCCACCUCCGACCCCACAGAAUUCUCGCUCCAACGGUUCACCCUCAGACAACCGUUGUUCAAACCUCCUAGAGCCCCCUGCGAAUUGAUGAUCGUCGUCACCAUGUACAACGAAGACGACGUGCUUUUAGGAAGAACCCUCAAAGGGGUGUUCGACAACAUCAAGUACCUCUGCUCCAAAAGAAACUCCAAAGUCUGGGGCGUCGAAGGUUGGAAAAAAGUCGUUGUAUGUGUCGUCAGCGAUGGCCGUACCAAGAUCAACACCCGGGCCAGGGCGUUGUUGGCGUGUCUCGGGGUGUACCAAGAUGGGUUCGCCAAAAACAUGGUCAAUGAUAAACCGGUCACCGCCCACUUGUACGAAUACACCACGUUAUUAGGGAUCGCCUCGGUCAAAGACGGGGUGGUCAAGCUCACCAACGAAGAUACUUGCCCGAUCCAAUUGCUCUUUUGCCUCAAAGAGAAAAACCAAAAGAAAAUCAACUCGCACAGAUGGUGUUUCCAAGCGUUUGGCCCGAUCCUCCAGCCAAAAGUGGUGAUCUUGUUGGACGCCGGGACCGAGCCCGCCAAAAGAUCGCUUUACCAUCUUUGGAAAACCUUUGACAGGCAUAAAAACGUCGGUGGGGCGUGUGGGGAAAUUAAAGCGAUGUUGGGGCCUCGUGGCAAAUUACUCGUCAAUCCUUUGAUCGCCGCCCAGAACUUCGAGUACAAGAUGUCGAACAUCCUCGAUAAGCCUACCGAGUCGGUGUUUGGGUUCAUUUCGGUGUUGCCAGGGGCGUUUUCCGCGUACCGUUACGAAGCUCUACAAAACGAUAUCACCGGCCAUGGACCAUUGGAAGCGUAUUUCAAAGGGGAAACUUUACAUAACCAGGCCGGGGCCGGGAUCUUCACCAGUAACAUGUACCUUGCCGAAGAUCGGAUCUUGUGUUUUGAAAUUGUCACCAAACGUGAUUCCAAAUGGGUGUUACGAUACGUCAAAGCGGCGUCGGCAGAAACCGAUGUGCCUGACAAUUUACCAGAAUUCGUCCUACAACGUCGUCGGUGGUUGAAUGGGUCAUUUUUCGCGGCGAUUUAUUCGAUUUUCCAUUUCUACAAAGUGUUUCGUUCGUCGCACAACCCCAUCAGAUUCGCGUUGCUUCUUAUCGAGUUCUUGUACAACGCCAUCAAUUUGCUCGUGUCUUGGUUUUCGCUCGGGUCGUUUUUUUUGGUGUUCCGUAUUUUGACCAAAGCCAUGGGGGAUUCCAACAUGUACUUCCCCAAACCCGGGAAAAUCAUCGCGAUCAUCUUGCUCUGGAUGUACGCCACCGCCACCGUGGCGACGUUCAUCUUUUCCUUUGGUAAUUCCCCGAAGGGCGCCAGGAAGUCGUAUAUGGGGAUCGCGAUUUUUUACGCCGCGUGUAUGCUAUACAUGCUUUUAGCCACGGUGCUUCUUUCGAUCAAGACCGUGAAAGGGGCGUUGGAAAGCGAACGUGAAAGUAAUGAUGGAGAUAUCAGUUUUGGCGGUCUAGUCAAACAACAAUACGUCCGGAGUUUGACGAUGUCGGUGCUCGCGACCUACGCGCUUUACACCGUGGCGUCGAUCGUGUUCCUCGACCCAUGGCAUAUGAUCACCUCGUUUGUCCAAUACCUUUUACUCUCUCCUACCUAUAUCAACGUGCUAAACGUUUAUGCGUUCUGUAACGUCCACGAUAUUUCUUGGGGUACCAAGGGGGACGAUGGAGUCAAGACCGAUUUAGGGGUGGUGAAGCAAUCGGCAUCCGGGACGUUUGAAAUCGAAAUCCCUACCACCGAUGAAGAAAUCGACUCGUCGUACCGUAAAGAAGCAGAGAUGUUGAUGGUACCUGAACCCCCAGCCCCACCGAGAUCCGGGAAAUCCAGCGACGAUGAAAAGUUCUAUUACGCGUGGGUGAGAUCGAUGUUGGUGAUCACCUGGAUCAUUUCCAAUGUUGGGGUGAUUGCCGUGGUGUUGGUCACUGGUGAUGAAGCUCUUAAGCAGCAAAUCUUCUUGACGGUGAUUCUUUAUACCGUGGCGGCGCUCGCGGCGUUCAGAUGUGUUGGGUGUCUUUCAUAUUUGGUGUUGAGGGCUAUUGGCUAUUAG